UUUCCAUUGUAAUGGGAAUACCUACAGUGAAAAGAAAAGUCAAGUCCUACCUUACAGAAACUCUCCAUUCCCUUAUUGAUAAGUUGUCUCCUGAAGAAAAGCUGGAUUGCGUUAUGGUUGUCUUUAUAGGAGAGACUGAUCUUGACUAUGUUAACAGUGUUGUUGCAAGCCUGGAAAAAGAGUUUUCUACAGAGAUCAAUUCUGGCUUGGUGGAAGUAAUAGCCCCUCCUGCAACUUACUAUCCUGACUUGACAAACCUGAAAGAGACAUUUGGAGACUCGAAAGAGAGAGUGAGAUGGAGAACAAAACAAAACUUGGAUUACUGUUUUCUUAUGAUGUAUGCCCAGAAAAAGGGUGUUUAUUACAUUCAGCUUGAAGAUGACAUCGUUGUCAAGCAGAAUUAUUUCAGCACAAUAAAAAAUUUUGCACUUCAGCUCGCUUCUGAAGAUUGGAUGAUUCUAGAAUUUUCUCAGCUGGGUUUCAUUGGUAAAAUGUUCCAGUCUCCAGAUAUCACUCUUAUUGUAGAGUUCAUAUUUAUGUUUUAUAAGGAGAAACCUAUCGAUUGGCUCCUGGACCAUAUCCUCUGGGUGAAAGUGUGUAACCCUGAGAAAGAUGCUAAACAUUGUGAUCGACAGAAAUCUAACCUGCGGAUACGCUUCAGGCCUUCCCUUUUCCAGCAUGUUGGCCUCCACUCCUCUCUAGCAGGGAAGAUCCAGAAACUCACAGAUAAAGACUUCCUGAAACCAUUACUGCAUAAAAUCCACGUGAAUCCACCUGCAGAGGUUUCGACAUCUUUAAAAGUCUACCAAGGGCAUACGCUAGAAAAAACCUACGUAGGGGAAGACUUUUUCUGGGCUGUCACACCAGUUGCUGGGGAUUAUAUUCUAUUUAAAUUUGACAAGCCAGUCAAUGUAGAAAGGUACUUGUUUCACAGUGGUAAUCCAGAGCAUCCAGGAGACAUACUUCUAAACACAACUGUGGAAGUUUUGCCUUUUCAGAAUGAAGAGCUAGUAUUAAGCAAAGAAACCAAAGACAAACGCUUAGAGGAUGGUUACUUCAGGAUAGGGAAAUUUGAAAAUGGUGUAGCUGAAGGAACAGUUGACCCCAGCCUAAACCCUAUUGCAUCAUUUCGGCUUUCAGUGAUACAAAAUUCAGCAGUUUGGGCAAUUCUGAAUGAGAUUCAUAUUAAAAAGAUUACAAACUGAUCACGGAAAUCUACUCUGAGGAAACGGAAAGAAUCCCUGAAAACUUUUCCUAUAAAAAUCUGACAUUCUUAGCAAGUCACGAAUUGAAAAUACUGAGCAUGCACCUUAUUCCAAAUUACUUUCAUUUUCACUUGAACUCUACCUCUUGUGAAAUCUACUGUAGAUGAGAAGAUUGUAUUUACCCCUUCUUAUCUGAUCCAUCCAGAAACUGAUGCUCCACACUGAUAACGUUCGUCUGAGGCCUAAGUCGUCCUCCACUUUAUUGUGACUUUAACAUCUUACGGUUACAGAACCCUGCUAUACACUUAACCUGUACUAUUUUGAUAGUAUAGUAAUAUAGAGAAGUUGUACAUAUUGUUACAUUCCUUGAAGAAGAAGAAAAAAAAUAUAAUUAUUGUUAAAUAUGUUUUAUGAAGGGGGUGCUUUCGGAAUUCCAUUAUUUUCUAUAAAAAGAACCCUCUUUUAUAGACUGUCAGGGAUAUAUAUUAAAAAAUGUUAGGGAUAUUUAAUUUAUUAAAAUAAUUUGAAAAGUACAUAUUUUUAUGCGGUAAAAUUUUAAAUUGAUAUAGGUUUUUUUUAUGAAUUCUCUAGUUUAAGUUAUCUUUCUACAUUUUUCUUUGAAGAUGCAAACAUAAAUUAAUACCAUAUUUCAAUUAUACUGCCAUGUUUAAGAAAAACCCCUAGAUUAAGUUUCUAAAUUAUGUAGUUUUGUACACAGAAUCUGAAUGAUGUUCAGAGGCAUUAACAGCGUUCUGAAGAGCAUUAUUUGAGGCUAUGAAAUUCCAGUAUGUACAGUUUCUAGCCACAUCAAAAGCAUGCUGAAAUGUCUUGUUUCAUACUAUGUACUAAAUCUGCAAUGACUUUAGAUUGAUUCCAUUGCAUUUUAGAAGAAUUUUUUCAAUUUCAAACAGUUCUUUCUAAAAA